ACGAUUCACUAGACAGCGAGUGACACAAGGGCCAGGUGAGACGGGAGCUGUGCAAGCAGGCGGCCAGACGGGCCAACUCAGGAACGAUCUGGAAGUUUGGCUCCUCCGUCCCACAGCCUGUAACUGAACCAUUUUUGGCUUCGCCAACGGUUUUCAAAGGGAGAGGGAGUUAUUAUAAACAAGUUUGCAGCCAACUCUUGGAGACCAUUUGGCUCUUCUUAAGAAUCAAGCCGGGGAACGGCUUAGGGCUGCGGGUUAAAUAACCCCGCGUGGACUUUACCCCUGGUUCUCUGAGCACUGCACCAGGGUGAUUUUCUUACUUUCCGGUGGCACCGACAGAAGCAAGUCAUUUGGCCGGUAACCAUGGCAAAGAAGGUGGCCGUCAUCGGGGCUGGGGUCAGCGGACUGGCCUCUCUGAAGUGCUGCGUGGACGAGGGCCUUUCCCCCACCUGCUUCGAGCAGACAGAAGACAUCGGGGGUCUCUGGAGGUUCAAAGAAAAGGUUGAAGAAGGCCGGGCCAGUAUCUACCAGUCCGUCAUCACCAACACCAGCAAGGAAAUGUCUUGCUUCAGUGACUUCCCCAUGCCUGAAGACUUUCCGAACUUCCUGCACAAUUCUAAGCUCCUGGAAUAUUUCAGGAUUUUUGCCCAAAAGUUUGAUCUGCUCAAAUAUAUUCAAUUUCAGACAACUGUCCUCAGCGUGAGAAGGCGCCCCGACUUCUCCUCCUCCGGCCAGUGGGAGGUGGUCACCGUGUGCAAGGGCCAGGAGCAAAAGGCCGUCUUUGACGCCGUGAUGGUUUGCAGUGGUCACCACAUAGUCCCCCACCUGCCGCUGGAGGCCUUUCCAGGCAUCGAGAAGUUCAAAGGUCAGUAUCUCCACAGUCGGCAAUACAAGGGCCCCGAGGGCUUCGAGGGUAAACGCAUACUGGUGGUUGGAAUCGGAAAUUCCGCCUCGGAUAUAUCCGUGGAGCUGAGUAAGAAGGCUGCCCAGGUCUUCAUCAGUACCAGACACGGCUCCUGGGUGAUGAGCCGCAUCUCGGAGGACGGGUACCCCUGGGACUGGGUGUACCACACCCGCUUCAGCGACAAGCUCCGGGGCACCCUGCCAAGGGCCGUGCUGAAGUGGAUGAUGGAGCGACAGGUGAACCGCUGGUUCAGCCACGAGAAUUACGGACUGGAGCCCUAUAACAAGUACCUCUUGAAAGAGCCGAUUCUCAACGACGAUCUCCCAAGCCGCCUGCUCUACGGCGCAGUCAAGGUGAAGUCGAGGGUGAAGGAGGUCACCGAGACCUCAGCCCUCUUCGAGGACGGCACAGAGGAGGCGGGCAUCGACGUGAUCGUGUUCGCCACGGGCUACACCUUCUCCUUCCCCUUCCUGGAGGAGUCGCUGGUGAAGGUGGAGAAUAAGAUGGUGUCGCUGUAUAAGUACAUCUUCCCUCCCCAGCUGGAGAAGCCCACCCUGGCCUGCAUUGGCCUCAUCCAGCCCCUGGGUUCCAUCUUCCCCACGGUGGAGCUCCAGGCUCGCUGGGUGACCCGGGUGUUCAAAGGUGUGACCAAGCUGCCGCCCUCCAACGUCAUGAUGGAGGAGGUGAGAGUGAAGAAGCAGAAUAAGCCAACAGGGUUUGGCUUCGCCUACAGCAACGUGCUGCAGACCGACUACAUCCCCUACAUCGACGAGCUCCUGGAGGCCAUCGGAGCCAAGCCCAACCUGCCCGCCCUGCUGCUGACGGACCCCCGCCUGGCCUGCGCCGUCUUCUUCGGCCCCUACACCUCGUACCAGUUCCGCCUGACGGGUCCGGGCAAGUGGGCGGGCGCCAGGAGCGCCAUCCUCAGCCAGUGGGAGCGGACGGUGAAGCCGACCAGGACGCGCGUGGUGCGGGAAGACCCCUCCCCCUUGGCGGGCCUCCUCAGACUCGUGGGCGCGCUGGUGCUGCUCCUGGCCCUUUUCCUGGUCUUCCUGUGAAGCCGAGAGGAUGCCGAGAGGAGACCCCACACGCCCCGCGUCCUCUCCUCUCCUUCACCAGGGAAAACUCCAAUCCGGGGGCUGGAAUAACAGGGCAGCGGGGAGGGCGUUUGCCUUUCAGAGGCCGACCCGGGUUCGAUCCCCGGCAUCCCUUAGAAUCACUGCUAGGCGGGGGGCUGAGAGUGAUAGCACAAUGGGUAGGGCGUUUACCUUGCACGCAGCCGACCAGGGUUCGAUUCCCACCAUCCCACAGGGUCCCCCUGAGCACCGCCAGGAAUGAUUCCUGAGUGCAGAUCCAGGAGGAACCCCUGAGCAUCACCGGGUGUGACCCAAAAAGCAAAAAAAAAAAAAAUAAUUAAAAAAAGAAUCACUGUUGGGGCUGGAGCACAGCGGGGAGGGCAUUUGCCUUGCACGCGGCCGACCCAGGUUCAAUUCCCAGCAUCCCAUAGGGUCCCCUGAGCACCGCCAGGAGUAAUUCCUGAGUGCACGAGCCAGGAGGAACCCCUGUGCAUCACCAGGUGUGACCCAAAAAGAAAAAAAAAGAAGAAAAAAGAAUCACUGCCAAGAGGGAUCCCUGAGAGCAGGAUCAGGAGUUAGCCCUGCACCUCUGGGGGUGACCCAAAAACAAAGGAAAUUCUUGAAUGCAUAGAGUGGGGACCGCCCCUUCCCCUCCCCGCGCUACCUCCUUUGGGACCCCUGCGCGUCUCUCCGCUCCCCUGGUUUAUUUCAAAGCCUAGAAGAUGAUCCCCGAGAAAUCUGCGAGUGGAAAGGCCUCUGGAAGCUUCCAGAAUGAACGCUGUGCCAGAGAGCUGUCCGAACAACAGCCCCCAGCCCUCCUAUCCCUCAUUAAAGUGGCUUUGUCACUCUCAGCAAACACUCUCUUUCGUGAGAUAUCUGGUGGGGCCGAAAUGUGACCUCGUGGUACCUGCCAAUCAGAAAUAAAAUAAACCCUUGGGACCAGAGCGAUAGCACAGCAGGUAGGGCAUUUGCCUUGCACGCGGCCGACCCAGG